AGUAAACAUCCACACCAGUGGUUUUCUGAAUCACCUCCUGUAGGAUACAACACAUACUUAAACCAAGAAGUCUUUUUAACACACAGACCAAGAUUGGACAUCCUCCAUGGCUGGGCUUGCUGGUGUCUGCACCAUGAGAAUUGGAUUUCUAAGGUUGCUGGCAGAGCUCUCUGUGCUGCUGUUGUUGCCUUUGGUUGCUGCAACCCUGAACGACGGAGCCUGUAUUCGCUGGUGUCCUCCAAACCCUCCAUGUGUCAAUGCCAACGCCUGUCUCUGCGCUCCAGGAUUCAGUUCUGCAUCUGAAAAGGUUUUCACUGGCCACUUGGAGAGCUGUGAAGACAUCAACGAGUGUGGACCAAGCUCAGCAGGGUCCUGUGGAGUGUAUUUACAUUGCCAGGACUUCAUGAAGAGCUACUGCACGUGCAGCCCUAACUACAAACCUGUUUCUGAGGCAAUGUUCAGCAUUGAUCCUGAUAAACCUUGUGUUGGACUCUUGCUUCAGCUGAUAUUGACAUUGGAUGCUGCUGAUAAAAACCUUAAAGCCUCUGCCCCUGAAGACUGUGCUUGGUGGUGCCUUAAGAACUCCGUAUGUGUCAAUGCCACAGCCUGUCACUGCGUUCAGGGAUAUAGUUCUUCAUCUGGGAAGAUCACCACCAGCCUUUUCAAGAGAUGUGAUGACAUCAACGAGUGUGAAUCAUCCCCAACAAUAUCCUGUGGAAAAUUCGCAGACUGCCAGAACACGGAGGGAAGCUACUACUGCACAUGCAGCCCGGGAUAUGUGCUCAUUUCUGGGGCAAAAAUGUUCAGAAAUGCAAGUGAGAACACGUGUCAAGCACAAUAUCCCUCCUCUUCACCAUCAUCAGUGACUGCCAGGAUGAGACCUUCCACCACCCACAUGGGCUCCAACACUCCAGUUGACCAUUUGAGGACAACUGAGAUGAAGAGCGCCCAGAAGAAUGUUGUAUCCAGUCUGAACAGGACGACAUGGACCCACACACGCACACACAAACUUGAAGAGUCUGAUAAACGGAAGAGGCUCCCACCUGACAACAGAGGACAUUAUCAAGGAUCAUUGCCCCACUGGGGGAGGUACACAGCAGGAAACCCCUUCCGCACAUGGACCUCACCCCCUAGAAUCAACAACAAGAGGCUCUCCCGCUUCUUUCAAAGAGUCCAGGAUUUGGACAGAGCCUUCAUGCCUGCCUUGGCCAAGGACACCAUCCAGGACGUCAUACAGGUGGUGGAUGAGCUACUGGAGACUCCUGGAGACCUGGAGACCCUGCCCCACUCAGAGCAGCACCGUGUGGCCACCAUCCUGCUUGUUGGCCAGGAGCAAGUCCUGAGAUCGCUAAGCAAGAUGCUGCCCAAUGAGACAUUGACCUUUAAUACAGCUGGAGGCACAGAGCUGUCCCUAAAAGUGAAGGAGCAAGGACACAGGAACGUCACCUUGAGUGUUAAUCAGGCAAAGAUGAUGCUGAACUGGGAUACGGUACAGGAAUCUGGUGACUCAGGCCCUUCUCUCGUGGGCCUUGUCUCCACCCCAGGAAUGGGCAAGUUGCUGGCUGAGGCCCCCCUGGUCCUGGACACUAAGGAACAGGCAGUUCUGAAUGAGACACACAAGGUCUUGCGGCAGGGAGCACCCCCCGUCCUGCUCUCAGAUGUCAUCUCAGCCUUUCUGAGCAAUAAUAACACCCAGAACCUCAGCUCCCCAGUCACCUUCAUCUUCAAACAUUCAGUGAACCCUGGUCCAAGGCAGAAGGUAUUCUGUGUCUUCUGGGAACAUGGCCAGAAUGGAAGUGGUUAUUGGUCCACCAAAGGCUGCUGGAUGGUGGGCACCAGAGAUGCCAGCACCACCUGCCAAUGCACCCACCUCAGCAGCUUUGCUGUCCUCAUGGCCCAAUACGAUGUACAGGAGGAGGACCCCGCCCUGGCUGUGAUCACCUCCAUAGGGCUGAGCCUGUCUCUGCUGUGCCUCCUCCUGGCGGCCCUCACCUUCCUGCUGUGCAAAGCCAUCCAGAACACCAGCACCUCACUCCACCUGCAGCUCUCCAUCUGCCUCUUCCUGGCCCACCUGCUCUUUCUCACCGCUAUCGACAGAACUGAGCCUGAGGUGCUGUGCGCCAUCGUCGCGGGUGCCUUACACUACCUCUACCUGGCCUCCUUCACCUGGAUGCUGCUGGAGGGCCUGCACCUCUUCCUCACUGCACGCAACCUGACUGUGGUCAACUACUCCAGCGUGAGCAGAUUCAUGAAGAAGUUUGUGUUCCCGGUUGGCUACGGAGUCCCAGCUGUGAUUGUGGCCAUUUCGGCAGCUUCCAGGUCUCACCUUUAUGGAACGCCCGCCCGCUGCUGGCUCCACCCAAAUACAGGAUUUAUAUGGGCCUUCCUUGGGCCAGUCUGUGCCAUCUUCUCUGUCAACCUAGCUUUCUUUUUGAUGACCCUCUGGAUUUUGAAGACUAAACUGUCUUCCCUCAACAGUGAUGUGUCCACCCUCCAGAAUACAAGGAUGCUGACAUUUAAAGCGACAGCUCACCUUUUCAUCUUGGGCUGCACGUGGUGUCUGGGCAUCCUGCAGGUGGGCCCAGCUGCCCGCGCCAUGGCCUACCUCUUCACCAUCAUCAACAGCCUGCAGGGCGUCUUCAUCUUCCUGGUCUACUGCGUCCUCAGCCAGCAGGUCCGGGAGCAAUACAGUAAAUGGUUGAAAGGGGUCAAGAAAACCAAAGCCGAGUCUGAGAAAUACACGCUCUCCAGCAGAGCCAUGUUUGAAACCUCCAAAGACAGUGUGGUUAAUUAAAAAGAUCUUUUGCACUAUAUCCUCUUCUCCCAUGGAAAAUCAGAACUGCCAUCUUUGAGCUACUAAGAAGGGAUAAAAAGACUUUGUUGUGUGUGUUUCAACAAAUUCAUCAUAUCAGCAAUGUGAAAGAAGUCAUGAUGGACAUGCUUGACUCCCAAUUCCUACAAAAUCUAGAAAACUCAACAUAUAAAAGGCCAGUGGUGACCCAAUUCUUUGGUCACUUUGGGUUAAGUUCUUUUCUGAAGUCUUUUCUUUCUACAAAGACUCUUCCAGAUGCUGAAAGUCUAUGAGCAGGAAAAACAGCCUCAAAGGAUUUUCCUACCAACAACAUCCAGAAAAAUGGGGAUGUUCACACCAUAGUCUGGAUUUCUGAAUUUCUUUGUUCGGUAUUUCUGUGGGUUUAAUUGCUCACUCAUUCAAAAAUAUUAAUUACUCACCAUGUUUAAGGCAUAGACCAAGAAAAACACAGGUCUUGCCUUCAUGGGGCUUUCACAGGAAUAAGAGUAAAGUAAUUUUUGCAGCGAGAGUUGACUCAGAGGCUAAAAGGCCCCUAUAGCUGAGCAAUUGCCAUGUAAACCAUUGUACACACACCAUCUUCUUUCAUCUCCACACCCAGGUGCAGAUAUUUUGUAAACUCAGAUUAUGAUAUAUAUUUUUUUAGGCUUUGGGGAUCAGUAUAUUGGUGUAAUAAGGUUCUCCAGAGACACAUAAUUAAUAUAUUUCUACUGGUUAUGUAAUAUAAUCCUGUGGUUUUUUUUUGUUUUGUUUUGGUUUGGUUUGGUUUUCUUGAGCUAAGGAAAAGGGUUCACGCUCACUUAAAUUUUUUUAAAUUUUCACAUCUCAUGUAAUGGUCAUAUUAGUUUUAACAAUUCUGAUUUUCCAAAGACAAUCCUGGCUUAUUCUUGUUGUCCUGAAAAAAUUAUUAGUAGUGGCCUCUCUCACUCUUGAACAUGUCCUUUAGAAAUCAAAUCAUGUGGCGACCCAUCAAAUAACACUUUUUUACUUAAAAUUAUCUUAUUUUUUCAGGUAUUAAUGUUGGUAUAGCGGCUUUACUUUGCUAUAAUAUUUUUCCUUUUUAAUUUUUAAUGUACCUUUCCCCUUGUUUCAGGAAAUUUUCAUACAGCUGAAUUUUUGUCUGAUAUUUUCUUCCACUUAUUCUCAAAAUGUCUGUCUUUACUGGUGAGUUUAGUCCGUUUUCACUUGUAGUUACUGAUAUGUUUGGAUGUGUUUUAGCAGCUUUUUUUUUUCUCCCUGUCCUACAUUUGCUCUGUUUAUUUUUAAUAUUCCCUUGGAUAUAUCAAGAGUAUGUAAGUUCCUUUUUUUAAAGAAAGUUACACAUUCUAUUUCUGCUCUUUUAGUAGUUACUCUCCACUUUUUAAAGCAUUGCUAUGUAAUUUACAAAGCCAAAGUUAAUCACUAUGACAACCUAUUCCCUAAACAAUACAAGGAUCUUAGAAUAUCUUAAUUCAAAUCCUACCUUAACUCAUACAAGUUAUUUUUGUGCUACAUUGUGAUUACACAUUUUUAUUAAAAGUCCUUAAAUUAGUCAUUAUAAAGAGUACUGUCAUAUGCUGUCUUUUUGUUGAGGCUUAAACACAUUUUAACACUUUCUUUGGACACCAGUCCUUCUUGAAUCUCAUUGCGUUCCUCUGAAUUUGAUUGCUUCUGGAGUUUAUCUUUUAAGCAUGCCUCAGUGAGAAUUUGUUGGUGGUAAAGUCUCUUAGAUUUUCAUAAUUUGAAAAGGCCUGCAUUUCACCAUUAUCUUUUUUCACACUUGGUUUUGUCAGUAAUGAGAAAAUAAAUACCUUCUUUUGCCUCAGAAAAUUUUUUGGAUGUUUUUAUCACAUAAUAUGGAGAAAGUUCCCAUUAACAUAAUUUGUUUGAAGACUUAUUUAUUUAUUUACUUAUUUCCUUUGACACCCCCUCCUCCACAUUCAUGCAUUUCUAUUAGUUCUAUUGGUUCUUUGCAUUUAUAUGUAUAUGUGAAGAGACUUAUUAUAAGGUAUUGACACACAUGAUAAUGAAGGCUGAAAGUUCCACAAUCUGCUAACUGAAAGCUGCAAAGCCAGGAAAUCUGGUGGUAUAGUUAAAAUGCCAAAGAACCAGAGACCUGAUGGUAUAGAUUCCAGUCUGGGUCUGAAGGCCUGAGAACCAGAAGCACUGACGACAGAAGAUAGAUGUCCCAGCUCAAGCAGUCAGGCCGAGUUAUUCAACCUCCCUCCACCUUUUUAUUCUAUUUAAGCUCUCAAUGGAUUAGAGAACGCCCAUCCACAUCAGAGGGAGCCAUCUGCUUUACUCAGUCUACUAAAUGCUAACCUCUUCUGAAAACACCCUCAUAAUACACCCCAAAAAUCAUGUUUAACCAGCUUUCUGGGCAUCCUGUGGCCCAGUCAAGUUGAUACAUAAAGUUAACCAUCACAGCCAGAUACAGGCAGACCUCAGAGAUUUUGC